AUGAACAGUCUCGCUUAUGUUGCUCGCCAGUUCGACGUCCUCGCUGCCCCACGGGCCCCGCCGUCGACCCCAACAUCAGACCGCUUCUCCCAGAACGACGCAGCCAACCUCCAGAGAGUCAAUACCUGGUCCACAAAGUCUUUUCUCUUCGCUCCCAGAUCCAGACCACAGCGUUCACACUCUUCGCCCUCUUUUCCUUCAAUAUCAAGACAACAACAUCCACCGACAUCCUCGUCCGCAGCACAGGUCGAUGUCAACGUCGACGCCUUGCCACAGUCCCGCUCGAAACAUGACCUCGAGUCGGUCAUCAACCAAAUAUUCUUCCUGCGCGUGUUUCUCGUUGUCUGGCACAAACUCAAGGCCGUCUGGACGUCAUUCUUAGGACAUUUGGACGCUUUCAGCGCUCUCAGCUGGCGCAAGGCUAUCGUCGCCAUUGAGAUUUCACCACCAGACGAGAAGGGAAAAGGGCGGGCAUUCUCAAUUGCCCCAGAACCGCCACUGUCUCCAUCUGUAUCACAGUCCCACCUAUCACCCGACACAGAGCACCUGCUUCAAAGCGAAUCAUCGUCUUCAUCGACACCGGUCUCUGGAACACCUUCGCGACAGGCUACUCCGGUUCUAACCACGAAGAAAUCGCCAUUCCUCCCAAAGACACUUGUCCUUGAUCUCGAUGAAACUCUGAUACAUUCGACCUCGCGGCCUAUGCCAUCGCAAGGGGGGUGGGGUUUUAUUGGUCGUGGAAACAAGCCCGCAGGACGCAUGGUAGAGGUCGUACUGAACGGAAAGAGCACAUUGUACCAUGUCUACAAGCGCCCCUUUGUCGAUUUCUUUCUUCGAACGGUAUCUGGCUGGUACACUCUCGUUAUAUUUACAGCAUCUAUGCAAGAGUAUGCAGACCCCGUUAUUGACUGGUUAGAUGCUGGAACUGGAAUUUUGUCAAACCGUUUCUUCCGCGACUCUUGCACGCAGCUCCCCAACGGCACAUAUACCAAAGACCUGUCAAUAAUCGAAGCGGACCUUUCUAGAGUUUGUCUGAUAGAUAACUCUCCGAUAAGUUAUAGCGUCAACGAAGCGAACGGCAUUCCAAUAGAAGGCUGGACUAACGACCCCACCGACGAGGCACUUCUGGACUUGCUCCCAGUGUUAGAUUCCCUACGGUUCACAUCCGACGUCCGUCGGGUACUCGGCCUUCGCUGUGUUGCAUCACGUCGCUCCGAUUCAUGA